AUGUCUACGGUUCUUCGGCUGAGACAAAGGCUAGCUAGCCUGUUGCUAGGCGUGCAUGACACUACUGCUACGUUUGGCGCCAUCAACGCGCCAACUUCAGUGAGCCAGCCAUCAUCUGAUGCCAUCGCGUCUGCAGCUACUCUUUCACGGGGCUUGUCUUUGCCUCUCACGCCGCCAUCUGGAACAGCGCCUGCUCCCACAGCAUCUUCAUCGGGAAAUGCUUCUACUCUGGCACCGUCCACGACUUCGGCACCCCUUGCGACUCCGGCACCAUCCACGACUCCGGCACCCUCCACGACUCCCGCGCUCUCCACGACUCCGGCACCCUCCACGACUCCAGCGCCCUCCACGACUCCGGCCCCUUCCACGACUCCGGCGCCCUCCACGACUCCGGCGCCCUCCACGACUCCGGCCCCCUCCACGGCUCCAGUGCCCUCCACUGACCCAACGCCUUCGCCAUCCACACCCUCCGCACAAAAUCUUUCUACGCGCAAGGGUCCGAAAGGCAGUAAACAUCUUCAGCCAAAGCCGAAGGGAAAGCCGGGCCGAAAGUCGACAUGGCCAGCAAAGAAACUCGCAUGGCUUGAGAGCCACCUCGCAGACUGUCUCGCAUCGACGCGCCGCCAAGCCUUCUAUGACCGCAUGAUCUACGUCUGGUUCAAGAUUUUCGGACAUGCACUCGAAGUCCGGGUAGAUCCCGAAGACGAAAUCGACGAAAUCGCGGCGCUUUCGGUUCCAGAUGAAGAUAUAGGAACGCUCACAAUGGCUGAGAAGGAGGCAAGGGACAAGCAGAGGUCGAGUAUUCGGCAGAUCAUUUCAAAUUGGUUCCGUGCACGUAUGGCCCGGUGCGACAAGGUCGCCGACCCCAGUGCUGCUUUGUCGGAGUUCCUCGAGGGAAGCUCGCCUGCCUCCCAAGGUACAACACGCAAGCAGCCCAUCCUCCAUUACUACAGCAAGCGGUACUGGGAGACUAAGAUUCUGUCUCGGUAUCGGGCAAUUCGAAGUCGAGCCGAGACGGAGUGGGAGGAACUCGUGGAGUCGGGCCAGGCAGAGGGACAGAAAGCUCCGGAGAUCAUCACAGCGAUCAUGCAGGCGGUCGCCGAUGCCUGGGCAGCGGAGACUGAUGAGUUCAGGGAGUCUUUGACUGCAGAGAGGGAUGCAGAGGUCGCAGAGGCAAAGGAGGGGGCAAAGAAGGCUUGCGAUACAGAGGAUCUGAUGGCGGUGGAUGGAAUCGGGGCGCGGACGCCAGAGCAAUAUCAAAAAUCUAUCGACAACGCAUCUAUGCUGUUGCAACCGGUCGUUACUGCCAUCUACGAGAAGAUGGGCUUCGUCUCUACCAUUGUCCUCGCCGGCCCCGUCCCUAAUGAAGGCGGGAACAUCAAGAUUAGAGCUGUUACGCAUGGCCGUACGGCGGAUUUCAACCAGCAACUCUUCCAUGAAUGCAUGUAUGAUGACUACAUAGCGCACAGUCGCGCGAUGCGUGUCUUUGCAGAAAAAUGUUUUCCUCAGUCUGUCCGUGACGCCCGAGCGUUGAAGCCCGAGGAACCCAAAGCGCCAAUGACAUCGCCCGAGACCAGUACAUCGACCUCGCCAACUCAUACCAACACGAUCGUCCCCGAAGUCGAUGCGACAUUCGAGCCUACCCCAACCUCGCCUCCCUCGGAAGGUACGUCUGCUGCACGUCCGGCUUCUCCUCCGGCUAGCAGCAAGGACGACCCAGCCGCCACUGUGGCCCCUGCGUUCCCGAUAACUGCUACGUCUCUCCCUUCCGAGCCCACCUCUGCAUGGCGGAGCAACCGUGUCCCGCGACCCAGGCCGAUUCACAAGCCACAAGCGCAUCCUACGGAGCCAACGGAUCUCACGCCCCCAGCUCCCAAUUUCUGGGUUCCCGACACUGCUCCUAGCCAGACCGGUCCACCGAGUAAAUGGGAGACGGCGUUGCCGUACGGUCCAGAUUUCGACCCGAGGAACCCAAAUGUUAUGCAGGUAGAGAACUCGAUGCACGAACGUUACGGCCCAGAGCUCCCCACCCCCGAUAAUACUCGCCUUCCGAGUGCCCCCGCCGCUUUUGCUAUCGACCCUCAGCUCCUGGACAUGGACGGUGAUGUACAGCCAAGAGCAGCUCCCGCCCCUAUCGAUACAAGUUCUCCGACACAUGGUGCUCCCCCUGUUUCAACUCCCGAACCUCGUCCUGACGCCCCUUCUCCGCCUACGACAGUUGUUCGCUCCGGCUCAAGUCCUAGCGAACCUUCUCACCGAACCCCUCUCGAAACCCUUCCCGCACCUGCAUCUGCAUCUGCACCCCGUCCUCAGGCAACCACUGCAGAACCUCGUGCAUCCGCACGCCCUGACCAAUCGUCCAUUAAGCGGCUGAAGACCAACGUGAAGGAGAAGGAGCUCAGCCCAAAGAUGGAGAAAUAUUACAGGAUGUUUACGGACGGGCACAAGCAGGGAGGCCGAUGGGUGCAGUGUAUAGAGGCGUUUGUCGCGGUCGAGGUAGUUGACGGACAACCUGUUGAUAAGAAUGGGACACGAUUUUCAUGCCAUGACAGGCCCGAGCAACUUUCCGCAUGGAUCAGAGCUGGCAGAAUCAUAGAAGACUUCAGUAUCGACAACCUCGCGGCAUGGAGAGCGAAGUGGUGGAGCUGGUGGCAGAGCCUGGUGCCCGGGAGAGAGGUUCGAAGAGGUAAUCCGACUGGUUCCAUGAACGAGCCGACAUUUUCAUGGAAUUGUCUGAAUGUCACGACAAGCUGCGGUGUUUUAUUGGUCAUGGUGUCCCUUUCGUGCUGGGGAGCAUCGGCAAUGGUAGCGAGCGGUGCAGAGGUCGAGGAGUGGUUGAUGGCUGUGGCGGAGGUUGAGUUUGCUCUGUCUGAGCUAUCAAAGCUCAAGGAGGCUGCUGCUGAGAAAGAGAAUGCUGCUGUGGAUGAGGAUGAUGGAGGUGAGGAUGAUGAGGACCGUGAGGAUGACGAGGAGGUCCAAGAUGUGGCCCAAUCAGCUUCUCCUGUGAGGGGGAAGCGUAAAAGGCGGGAUGGAAUCACCCCUCUAAGCCCUACCAAGCCCUCACACGGAACCCGUCGUCGGGCAAACAAAAAACAACAACAGCAACCUAUUGUUCAUGCGGAUCAAGCUUUCAUAACAGUGUGGAUGGUUAUUGAAUAG